GUGGGCUUUCCUCGGGCAGUGUGGGCUAGGGCCAGCCCUAACCUAGCCCACACAGGGCCAGCGAGGGCUUGCCCACGUCAGAACCCCAGCCACGGGCUAGCUGUGGGCUGCCCGCAAUUACCCGAUUGCCCCAGGAAUACCACUACUGGCCCAAUGCGGGCUAGCCCAUUUGGGCCCAUAUGUCGUUUCUUAAUUGGGCCGAUGCGGGCUUUCUGUGGGCAGCCCACAGGCGAAUCGUUUGUAAAGCCAUUGUUUACAUUUUGACACAUUCCAUCACAGACAAGAAGCAGAAUACAGACUGACUUAUGAUUUUACAUAGCAUAGCAGCUACAUCGAUUGUUUUGCAAGUUUAACUAUGUCGACUGUUCCCUGCAAACACGUACAGUUGGGGCCCACAUGGGUCUCAUCUGGGCUAGUUGGGCUUCGGGUGGGCAUGGGCUUCGAGUGGGCUUUGUUGCUGGGCCCCACAUGGGCAAUGGGUGGGCAUUGAAUGGGCUAAAUUAACAUGGGCAAUAGGUGGGCUUUGUUGUUGGGCCCCACAUGGGCAGUUGGUGGGCAUUAAAUGGGCUAUUUAUCAUGGGCAAUAAGUGGGCUUUGUUGUUGGAGCCCAUAUGGGCAAUGGGUGGGCAUUGAAUGGGCUAAAUUAACAUGGGCAAUAGGUGGGCUUUGUUGUUGGGCCCCACAUGGGCAGUUGGUGGGCAUUAAAUGGGCUAUUUAGCAUGGGCAAUAAGUGGGCUUUGUUGUUGGAGCCCAUAUGGGCAAUGGGUGGGCAUUGAAUGGGCUAAAUUAACAUGGGCAAUAGGUGGGCUUUGUUGUUGGGCCCCACAUGGGCAGUUGGUGGUCAUUAAAUGGGCUAUUUAGCAUGGGCAAUAAGUGGGCUUUGUUGUUGGAGCCCAUAUGGGCAAUGGGUGGGCAUUGAAUGGGCUAAAUUAAGCAUGGGCAGUAAGUGGGCUCCAGCAAGGCUCCAUUUCAAUUCAAUUCAAAAACACAAGAAUUUUACUCCCACACCUCUAAGAUGCCAUAACAUAAUAUAAACAAUACAACGUUAAUUACAAUUGAAAAUAAAAUUUCUCAAUUUUAGAGCAUAAAAGAUAAAGUUUGCUAAAGCACACAUAUUCCGAGCACAACAAAGUUUGCAAUAACUGAAAAGAAAGCAGGCAUAUUCCAGUGCAACUCCUGCAGGAUAACCAAAGCAAGAAGCAAUGCAAACUGGGAAAUCUCCACCCCCUGUGAAAUGGAUACAUUUCGCGCAGUUUCUGCUGCUUGCUGACUGACUGGCUUUUGUCUCUGCUGCCUGUGAAGAGAAGAGUGCACGCACGAGUUGGAUCACUUAACAAAAGCAACAUAUGAAAGUGCACAUGCAAAAUUAUUGCAAGAGGAACGUAGACAUACUGACGUAAGCACAGAGCCUGAGUGUUCGGACGGUAUGGGCCGGGGGAAGUGAAAAAAAGCGGCCAGUUGUCAUGUCCAGAGAAGAUGAGGAGAAUGAUGACAUCCAUCCUCUUCCUCCUCCACCCGGGGCUCUGCGAACGCCUCCACCUCUUCCUCCUCCACCCGGGGCUCUGCGAACGCCUCCACCUCUUCAGCGUGCACCCGGGGCUCUGCGAACGCCUGCAGAGACGCCUGCAGCUGCCGAGUCUUUCAUCCCAAGACAAAAUAUUCGGGAUGGCAUGUUUCAGCAUAUUUUGAGACUACUGGAGGACCUGAAAGACGCUCAAGUGGAACAUGGGAGAAUUCUCCAGGCCCUCGUGCAAAAUCGUCAAAACAUGCCUGACCUAAUUCGCACCACUCCUGAAGGUUUCCCCCUAAAGACAAUUACUGAUCUAAUGUCCAUGGAGGAGAAACUGCAAGACCCCACCUUCAUGGCAGAACUGAUUGCAGCUGUGGCUGACAUUGGAGGGGCCACUGUUGACGGGGCCACCCGCCGUAUGAUGGCCUUCCUCCUUGAACACAAGUUUUCAAGAGGGUUCAACUUCUUGGGAAGAAAUGGCAAGAGGGGCUUCAAGCCCCUCAAGCUGUUUGAAGUCGUUUUAUGGAGCCUUGAAGAAGAACACGAUGACUCGUACCAUCACAAGGAAGGAUGCGGAGAAGGCAGUCCCCAAAUGGCUCAUUAGGGCUAGGGACAGGGGGGGGAAUAGACAGGCCCGUCAGGCCAGAGUAGCAGCUCCUCCAGAAAUGCCAAUCAUGUAUUUUGUUGUGGAGUUCCUUGACAACUCUGUUGGGAUUGUAAGCAACAGCUGGACUAAUGGUGACAAUUCGAUGACCUUCUGGCCACCUUAUGCAGAUCCAAAUAAAUUUAAAAUGGCUCUAUUAACACAUGCAGUCCCUGGACCAGCGUGGACCACCCACACCAUCACAGUUUUGGGCACUGCAGAUGACUAUGAAAAGGCGAGAAAAAAGGCCAAAAUGGCAGAAACACAUUUAGCUGUCGCCAGUGAGCCUGAGGAGUUGGAGAGAUGCCAGCGUUCAAGACAACCAAAGAAACGUUACAUCACCCUGCCUGAGCCUGGACCAAGUAGACCAUUGCCACCAGUUCCACCAGCAGCGAUGAACCUGACUCUUAUGAGCCCACCCCCACCACUUUCACCAGUGAGGCAGCCAUCAUUGUCCUCAUCAAGUUCACACUCAGGCCAAGCCCAUCACAUGGACACCCAGCUGUUGAGCCCACCUCAACCCCUCCCAAUUCACCCCCCUUUGAGGCAGCCAUCAUCAUCCUCAAGAAAUCCAUCUGAACAAGUGGACGACCAACUUAGUCCACCCCUCCCUAUUUACCCACCUGCAAGGCAGCCAUCAUUAUCCUCAGGCCUUGAGAGAUAUUUGGUCUCUACGCUGGAGGAGAUUAAGGAUAGGCUGUCUGCAUUGGAGCGGACGGUGACAAUGUUGGCCAGAUCAGGCAGCAACAAACACGCAAAGCUGCCAGACAACUUGGAGCUACCUCUCCAGAACUUCCAGGACCUCAAUGGACUGGAGGAAAAACUGGAGGACAGCCCCUACCAAAAAGAAUUGACUGCUUAUCUGGGGACAAUUGGUGGUGCCACUGUCCAGGCCACAACCAGGAGGGUCCUGGCCACCGUUUUCGGCCAUUCAUUGGCCAUGACCAUCAAUUGGAAUGGGUGCAAUGACAAAAGGGCAUUCCGGGACCUAAAAUUAAAGAGGGUAGUUGUAGAUGCUGUUAGGAGAGGCUCAAUGGACUCCCCACCAGCAGCACAGAUUGAGGACGAGGUGAAGGUGUGGUUCCGGAAUGCCCGAGAUAGGGCGGGUGGCCGUAGGCAGCGGUACAUUCGAGUUGCAGCACAGGACGUUUAAUGUGUGUGUGUGUGCGCGCGUGCGCGUGUGUGUGUGUGUGUGUGUUAGUGGUGGAAGAUAUUCUUUACUUUUGAAUGACAACCUCACUGGGAUGUUAACCUAUAUACGCACCUGUCAAUUUACAGAGGUGUGCAAAAGCGUUUG